AUGUAUAACAAUCCAGAUCAUAGGGUCCCUAUCGUGACCAACUCGAGAUACACUGGACAUGGAUUCACAGAAGAAGGAAACAUUAGCGAUAUAAAUUCUGAUAAUACAAUGCAAACAAGACCUGUGUUCCAAUAUGACGAUAUGAACGAUGAAUCCUAUCGAUUUACUACAGCUUCCGGUGAAAAUGAUCUCUUAUUGUCACAUUCUGAUGCGAAUCUUCAGUAUUAUUACCCAAGUAACGCAAGCGUUAAUUUUAACAAAUACUCACAACAGCACAGAACGGGAUUGGGAUUCCAAGUACCAUACGAAUGUAUCAACACAUCACAAAAUGCUGAUUCCAAUGGAUCUUCCAAAAUCACAACAGAAAUCUCAUCAGGUUUCAGCUCAUUUAUCGGAUUCUUUACUAAAUUCUCCAAAGAAGCAUCGUCAAAGUCAGUCGAUGUCUUCACAACCAUUUUGUCUAUCGCUAAAUCAUUCUUCCUUAACGUAAUUGGUAUAGCUCUGGGAGUAUUUUUGUCCAUGCUGUUCUUCACAAUCAUCUCAUUCCUUUUAUAUAACGGAAAGAAUAUUAAAGAUUUCAAAAACGAACCAAAGAAGAAGAGUCCGCCACCAACGCCACCACCAAAGACUCAAAUUAAACAACAAGAUCCACCUCCGAAGCCCGAGGUUACAUUCGAGCCCGUUCAUUUCAAAGACAUCUUAGGUAUCGACGAAGCAAAGGAAGAUGUCCAGGAAAUAGUCAAGUUCAUAAAGCAGCCAUUUCUGUACAAAAAGGUCGGAGCAAAGGUUCCCAAGGGCAUUUUGUUAGUAGGCCCACCGGGAACGGGAAAGACAAUGUUGGCAAAAGCCGUGGCCACAGAAACCGGGAUACCGUUUAUAUACACAAGUGGUCCUGAAUUUGUUGAAAUAUAUGUCGGACAAGGAGCACAGAGGAUAAGAGCCUUGUUCCAAAAAGCCCGAAAAAUAGCUCCAUGUAUAAUAUUUAUAGAUGAGAUCGAUGCAGUGGGAUCUAAAAGAGCAACAGGCUCUCUGAGCGGACAAAAUCGAGAACACGACCAGACAUUAAAUCAGCUUCUAGUUGAAAUGGACGGAUUCAACGUUUCAACUGGAAUCACAAUUCUAGCAGCAACAAAUAGACUCAGCGCACUAGAUAGAGCACUUCUAAGACCCGGUAGAUUCGAUCGAGUUGUGCACAUACCCCUCCCAAGCAUUCAGGGGAGGGAGGAAAUUUUACAGCAUUACCUGAAGGACGUCAACUACAAUAAGGAAAGUAUAAACGUAAAAGAACUUUCUAAAAUAACCCCAGGAUACUCUGGAGCAGACUUAAAAAACUUAGUUAAUGAAGCAGCACUGAUAACAGUAAAACAAGAUCGAUUAAUGGUUGAGUUGGCUGAUUUGUACGAGGCUAGAGAUAAAAUAAUCAUGGGAAAUAAGAGGAAGCUAUUAAUGCCCGACAUUGAGAGAAAAAUGACAGCGUACCAUGAAGCAGGCCAUGCACUAGUGGCCUAUUACCUUUACCCAAACACAGAUCCAAUACAUAAGGCAACAAUAAUAACCAGAGGAACAGCCUUGGGAUUUGUGGAACAGCUUCCAAACGACGACUAUGAUAAAAGCAGCUAUAAACUUAUCGAGAUGAAGUCGAGGCUUGCAGUUUGUAUGGCUGGAAGAUUAGCUGAGAAGCUGGUUUUUGGCUCCGAUAAUGUAACAUCCGGAGCAUCUUCUGAUAUCAUAGUUGCGACUGACCUCGCAUACAAAAUGAUAACCCAGUAUGGAAUGUCUAAUAAACUCGCCUCACUAAACUUCCACAACUUAAAUAACUUAAACAACAAACUAAGCACGGAUCUCAACGUUAAGAUCGAAAAUGAAAUAAUAGAGUUAAUAAGGGAGGCAGAACACAUAGCUGAGUCGAUAUUAAGAAGAAAGAGAAGUCAGCUUGAGCUUCUCGCAUCAGAAUUGCUCAAAUACGAGACUUUAACUGGUGAUCAGAUAACAACGCUUUUGAAGACGAACAAAUCGCUAAAUCUUCCAAUCAACGGCCUACCAGAAGAAUCUAGUGAUCUUGAAAAGGACGCAAAAGCCAACGCUAAAACCGACUCAAGUUCUGAAACUAACGCUGAUGAAGGCGUGAAUGCCAAAACUGAAACAAACACCGACAACACACCCACCAACAGUGAAACUAAUUCAAAUACUGAAGGUGAUAACGAUACCCAUAACGAUGUUGAUAACAACGAUGUUAAUGAUUCGGAUAACAAUGAUGAUAACGUUUCCGAUAAGAAUGAUGAUAACGAUACUAAUAACGAUACCGAUAACACAAGCCCCGACAAUAACAAUUCAGAAAUGGAUACUGACGAUACUAAGAAUGAUAAUGAUGAUGUCAAUGAUAGUGAAGACGCUCCGAAUGAUGACGAUAACUCCUAA